AUGGUUUCGGCACCUGCCAGAAAAACAAAUGCAAGCAAAAGCCGGUCCCCGGCCAAGGACCGCAGAUCGGCAAACAGAACACAGAGUGCCGAAGCAUCGCUCGUGUCGUCGAGCGUUCCCAGCUCACCGACCAAGACUGAGACGCCGCGAACUGCCCGAUAUUCGCACCAUCUCCCGACAGACCAGCAGCGAAAGGGAAAUGGACGCGUUGCCGGCCGAAACCUGAUUAUGUGGAAUCGUCCACGAAUGGCAGAGAAGCUGCUACUGCACAUCCACUACGAGUGUAGUCGACACAAGCUCCAGCUGCCUUGGGAUGCUAUUGCUCAUCGUUUCCAUCCCGGGUCGUCGGGAGCUGCCAUAAUCCAGCACAUCAAUCGUCUUCGCCGCGAGGUCCUGGUUGAAGGCCAUCUCGUCCCGCCUCUCACUCAGAGGUCUUCUGCGACGCCAGCUGAUCCUAACCUUCGUGGAUACGUCCGCCGAGACACCGAGGGCGACUACGUCGAGACUACCCGUCCUGUGUAUUUUGACGAGAGACUUGACGACCCCAAGUUUAGUAUCCCGGGUGAUUUUCCCUUUAACGAAGAGUCGAUGGAACCCGAGGUUGAGCUGGGCAGCUCUUCGGCUGGCUCAGAGGAGGGAGACUAUCGCCAAGACUCCCCCACUCCAAUGACACGGAAUAGCUCAAAAUCUUUAAACGGCUCCAUGGAUUUUUAUGAGACCUUUACGCCGCAGUUUGUGGCCCCAGUUGAAGCUGUGAGAGACACACGAGGCCUGCCGCCCCAUCUUCAGCAUCCUCACGUCAGCCAUGAGGCAGUGGAAAUGGAACCCACUCACAGCCGACACUUCUCGCAUGGAUCAGAGUCUGGUGCUAAUCCAGCCAAAGGCACAGCUUCGCCCAACGAAUCGUUCGAGACCAACAUCGCAGCAAUAACACCAGGGCACGUCGCCUUUCCCAGCAUCCCUCAACACGCGCAUCACGGCUACAGGAUGGCUGCCUUGCAAAACUGGUCUCACCCACUCAUGUACCAGAUGAGCCUACCACCAAAAAUGCAUCCGUCCGCUUUUAGCUUUGAUCACCAGGACUGCUUACAUGCCUCUUUCCACAUGGGGAUGCCUUUCGCAAUGACAAGUCCAUACGAGCCCUACUUGGCACUGGACCCAGGCCUCAUGAAACAAAGCGUUGCGCAACCGGUACCGAUUACUGCUGGCGCAAAGGAGGGAGCAGUGCAAGCCGAGCCGGCUACAGCGCACGGUGCACGAAUUGGAGAUCCAUUCGUUGGCCUGGCUGGUGCGGAAGAAACUAAGCUUACUGAUAUUACGACAUCACUUACCCAAAACUAG